AUGUGGGCUAGGAUCAUCAUUGAAGCAACUUCCAACAAAAUGGCAUCCAAUAUUACAGCUCAGUCAGUGCUAGCAGAGAUAAGUCAGGAUCAUCUUGAAUGUCCAAUUUGCAGUGGACGCUUCAAGCAACCCAAACUACUGGAGUGUUCUCAUUCAUUUUGUCUUGAAUGCCUUCAACAACUCAGACAGAAUAGUCCAAAAGCAAUUGAAACAAAGGAAACCCGACUGAAACAGCAGCAAGGAAAACAAGUACCCAGUCAGGAGUUUGUUUCCAAGUGUAGCAAGCAUACUGGCAAGGAUCUUAUCAUGUAUUGUGAAACAUGCAAGAAACUGAUAUGUACAACUUGCAUUGCUAAAGACCACAGAAUGCACCCUGUAAUAGAACUGAGUGAAGCUUCGGACAAAAGUAAACAACAUGCGUCAGAACUUCUAGCAGAAGUAAGACAGAGUAUCACGACCUUCAACGCUGCCAUUCAAAAAAUAGACACGUCCCGUAAGACACUAGACUCUAUGUUUGCUGCAACCAAAGAGAAAAUCUCCAAGAAGGCUGAUGAGGAGAUUGCCAAGGUGGCUGCCAGGAUCAGAGAGGAGAAGCAGAAACUGAUGCUAGAGGCAGAACAGAUUUAUAAAGACAGAGUCAAGAUAAUGCAAACUGCACGAGCUACAAACAGCAAAGAGAAGAACAAAGCAGAGCACAAGCAGGAUGAGGUAAAUCAACUCAUGGAUCAACGGAUCAAGAUUGUACAUCACAUAAACAACUCUUACAAGACCUCAAAGAAUACAGUGAGAAGAAAUCAACAAAAGUACCCGAUGGGUUGA